AUGGACGACGAAGUUCAAGCAAUUGAAUCUCCCAUUAGUGCUGCUGCCCUGGGGCUGCCUGCACACCUGACUGAUAUUACUUUAACUGCAACUACACCAAACAUCCAGCGAGUAGCUAAUGGCAAUGGCUUCCAACAAUUUCCUCCUGGUCAUUCGAAAUAUGCUCAACUUCUUGCUGUCAUUGAAGAAAUGGGAAAAGAUAUACGCCCCACUUAUGCUGGAAAUAGGAGUUCAGCUGAGAAGUUGAAGAGAGGCAUUGUACAAGCUCGUAUUUUAGUGAGGGAAUGCUUAAUGGAGACAGAAAGAAGUGCCAGACAUACAAAUAAUUGUUUUAUGAAGUCCUCUGUAUCUUUGGGUUAG